AUGAAGACAGAUCAAAAACCUUCCGGAGUCGACAGCAGUUCACAAAAGGAGCCCAUGGCCUAUGAAGACUUCCGUAAACGACUCCACCCACACAAUUGUAAAAGCUUUUCCUAUAGCUCCUUUUACAAGGAAAUUGAGUCGAUUUAUGGAGCCAUGGAUGAUGACAAUAAAUUCUUUUUGUCGUGCAUCGCUAUGCUCUCGGAAAAUGAAGUGGUGAAGAGGAGGCUUUUGACAAAUUGGUGGGUCGGUGAGGACAAAUUGAAAACUUCAAAUUCUGAAAAAAAGACACCAGAGGAACUUGUUGAUGAAAUUCUUGACAGUUUCAGGGCAAAGGGCUUAAUCGAGCCUGCAGAAAAGCUGGGAAAAGAGAGAGUUAAAAACUAUAGAAUGCAUCCCCUUGUGCGCUUUGCUGUGAAUAGGCUUUCAGAGAGCAAGUUCUUUGCUUUUAAUAACAACGGAAUUCUGACUGCAAAUAUCUCGAAGUCAAACAGGGCUUGCAUUAUUAAGUAUCCAUACCAAGAACCGGAAUAUUGGAAGAAUACGGAAAAAAUCGCUACGGUAUUCAAUGUUAGUGAGCCUUUUCCAGAUCUCAAUUUGCAGCAGUUGACAAAGAAGAAAGAUUCAAUUCUGGGGGGGGAAUGGAUAUCGAAGAUUAGAAACGUCAAAGUUCUUUAUCUGGGAAGAUGGUCGAAAUCCCCUGACUAUCACAUAGAGGUGGAGAGCUUUGAAUUAUUAAAAGGGUGGAAGAAUAUGAAAGAGUUAAGGCUACUUAGCCUUCAAGGGAUCUCCAAUAUUAACAAGCUUCCAAGUUCCAUUGGCCGGCUCAAAAAUUUGAUAAUCAUAGAUGUCAAGGAAUGUCAUAAUCUGGAGGCACUUCCAAAGGAUGUUUCCUGUCUCAAUAACCUCACAUACUUGGAUGUUUCUAAUUGUCAUAUUCUGGAUCGCAUGCCCAAGGGGAUAUCAUCUCUUAAAAAACUCCAAGUCUUUAAGGGGUUUGUCAUUACUGCUGAACCAAGCAACAAUUUAGGUGCCCUUGAUGAUUUGAAAGAACUGACAGAGCUGAGGAAACUAUCUAUCAUUGCAAACAGUAACCACUUCCCAACGAUAAUAGACCUGGGUACUCUCCUACAAUUUGGAAAGCUUCGAAUUCUGGCAAUAGCAUGGGAGUCAAAGCAAGGCAGUCAUGGAACAAAAGGAUUGACAAGAACUGGAGAAACCAUUCAUCCUUCGCUCCUACCUGAAAAGCCUGCGCUCCUACCUGAAAACUUGGAGAAAUUGAGUCUUCAGGGUUUCCCUAAGCCAAAGAUGCCAUCUUGGCUAGUAGAAACUAGUAAAUAUAAAUGCCUAAAGAAACUCUGCAUCAGAGGAGGAAUGCUCAAAACUCUAGGUAAUGAACCCCUACGGUCGGUUCAGACUCUAUACUUGAAGUUCUUGAGUGACUUGAAGACAGAUUGGAAGGAAUUGCAGGAACGGUUUCCGUCCAUGGUUCACUUGAAGACAGUGAAGUGCCCUAGGGUCACCUUCUGCCCUUGUGACGAGUAUGGGUAUUGUUAUCUGGUAUAA